AUGUCCUAUCCAUUGGGAACCUCUGGCCCUGCAUUUCCGCUCUCUGGCCCUGCUGAAGCUUCUGUUAUGUUAAUAAAGCGGGACAGAGGACUACAGCAAUAUCUGCUAGAGGCAGCAUACUCCUACGUUCCUCAGAAGAAUAGCUGGUUCCCGGCCGAGGCUGCACUGCACUUUUUUAUGGGAACCCCACAGUCCGUUGUCAACAGGGACGUAGCUGUUGACUUUCAGCUGAACUACUCAAAGCGAAAACUAUCAGCGAAAAUUAUUCAUCCAAAGCGAAAGAUAAAAAUAGAUGGAGAGAUUACAAAAAUGAAACACUCCCGCACAGGACAGCUGGAAAUCCUCAUAGACGACAAAGACUUGUAUUAUGUUAAGGGAUGGACAAACUUGCAAAAUCUUGAUGGAGAGCAGAUGUUUUCCUCCCAGCUGGAAGUCAAACUCUCAAAACGUGGGAGCCCCAUGAUACUGUCUGGCAAUGUGACCAGAGUCCCUGGACAGAAAAUUGCAUUUUUUGUGUCACUGAACAAUGUAAUGCAAGAAACAGCUACUGUGUCAGUUCGUCUGGAGCAAAAGGUUGAUGAGAAACAGAGGCAGUAUACAAUAGAGGCUGACACCUACCUUCCACGCAUAGUGGGAUGCCAGAUCAUUGGCUUUGUGCAGCAAAGAGGAUCCACUUGGUCCUCCACACUACGAGGAAAAUAUGGCCUCUUUGAUGAUGCUCUCAAUCUUCGGCAGGAGUGCAACAUGGCUCAGAAGAUGAAGAGAGAGACGAGCCCUAUGGAAACACAUAAACUCCAAAUACAACAUGAAUUUCACUGUACCCAGAUUACAUCCUAUAACCACAAGCUUCACCUACAACAUGAGGAAAGUGAGUCAAGGACGCACACGCAGCUUGCUAUCAACUACGGAAAGCACUGGGAUGAGAUUAAUAACAGGAAGAAGAUUUUCAUCACACAGCUCUUCAAGAAUGACUCCAGCCUAAGUCUAACAAACUACUUCAUGGAGUUCACCUUGCAAAUUCCAGAGAAGCAAAUUAACUACAAGACACAACUGCAGCAUUCUCAUUCUCUGAAGGGCUACACUGAAAGCAACACACAUGCCAAAGUGCUGUACAAUGACAAGAUCCCAUUCCAGGCAGGAAUUCAGUGGAAGGAUACAUCAAAACCUAACCUAAAGAAGUGGGAAGGUUCAUUGAAGCUAGAUACACCUUGGCUGUACCUUCAUACUUCGCAUAAGCUGAAUCAACCUCACAUUCGUGCUUACCAAGCAAGUGUGGAAAUAACAGCAGCAAAAGCCGUAUCUGUGAAGAAUUUGGUCAUCUACACCUACUAUAAAAACAAAGGCAAUAAAAUGGAAGGAAGGAUCCAUAUUCACACACCCAGCACCACUUACUUAAAGGCAUCGACUUUUGGGCACAUUACAGAGAGUUCAUUCAGGAGCCACAGUGAGGUUGUUUCCCUUUGGAACCAUCCAGUUAAGAACAAAAUCCUUGUGGAAAGUAAAGAGAAACUCAAAUCUGCCUCGUUUUGGCUAAAGCAUCAGAAGAAGGAAUUUAAUUUCACAGCUAAAUACACGAGCAGAGAGGAGCCAAAGAAGAAAAGGAGCAUCGCAGUGAUGGCUCUUUGGACAGACAAUAAAAGCCCACCUUUGAUAGUGCAGUUGAAUGGACAAAUCGAGGAAUUGAAGAGGGAGAAGAUGUUGUUCCAGAACCGUGCACUAAUUCAAUUUAGACACCCUUUCAAGCUGCCAGUACCAGAGAACAUCCUCCUACAGGAGACUUUCACCGUAGACAAGAGGAAGAAACACUACGUUUUGGAAGUGAAAGCCUUGGUGAAUGAGAAAGAUGAAACAAUUCACACACUGGUCCUUGGAUACCAGCCUGAGGAACCUUAUAUCUGUGUCGCUUUAGCACACCCUUAUAACGGUGAAGUUAUUCCAAAGAACAUGGAUGUUUGUGUGAGGACAAAGACAGACCACAUGGCAAAAUUUGAGGCAGAAGCAACAGUGAGAAUCAACAAAAGAGACACCGUCAAGUUCCAUGGACAAUAUCAGAAUAAAUCCACGGAUACAGAUUGCUGGCAUGUGGUGCAUUUUGAUGCAGACCACAGUCUUCAGAUACGAGUUCCUCACACUGUAACCCUGGAUGGGGAGUUAUUCACAAUGCAGAGCAAGAAUGAGAUUUUCAACUAUGGAGCAAAUUGCAAAUUUACCAUCAAUAAGCUGGAUACAUCACAGUUUUCAGUUCAGGUGAAUGGCUCCUCUAAUCAGAUGAGAGUUUAUUCCCAGUUCAGCCAUCCAUACCAGUCAACAAUACCGUACACUUUCCAGACCUAUGCAACAGCGAAGAAUUAUGGAGAGAGCAACUAUAAUGGUACAUUCUACCUACACUCUAAUGGCAAAGAUCUUGUGGUAACGGAGUUUGAUGUUGUGAAUGAAAGGAAAAGGAAUGUCAGAGUUCUGGGCAUUAAAGCUGUCUUACACCAGAGCUUUCUGACUGGGCCAGAGAACAGCCAAUUGCAAAUAACUGCAAAAGCAUACCAUUCAAGAUGUUUAGUGGUUUCCAGUCUGCAGUUCGAUGGGAAAGCUUUUGCAUUAGACAUGAUGGGACUAAAAGAGCACCAAGGUGGCCUGAUGUUAUCAAUGUCUGGUACUGUCCAACAUAAUAUGAACACUGGGCAAUUAAUUCCACAAUACCUGCAUGUCGAUGCAACGUUAAAACAGCAAAUCAAUACCAACGAAGGUAACCUGAAUAUUGAAAUUGAUGACGUCCUUUACAGACUACAGCUUCAAAAUAACAACACUUUUGGUGACAGUUCUGCCAAUGAUUUGAUUGUCACCUUCAUGCAAAAUGGCAGCCUAACCUUCCCAGCAAUGGCUGAGUUUCAAGGACACUUAGAGCUGGGUCAAGAAUCAAGAGUGGGACUGGCCUGUUGGCAGACCAAUGAUAAAUCGAUAUGCUUCCAGCUUUUACAGCUGACCAAAGCAAACCAGACCAAGGUCACUGGGAAAGUGAGCCACAACCUGGAAGAAUUGAUCACCACAGGUUUACCAGCUGACGGGAGAUUCUCUCUGAAUUAUGAUCACGUGAAUAAGAACCGUGCCGUUAUGAUUGAAAUGCAAAGUGGCAGUAAACACUUACAGGCUUCCGUCGAAAUGGAGAGAACAUUUACUGGUACCCCGACCUACCAGCUAACCACCAAUCUGCUGCACAGUGUGAAGGAACUGAGACAACUUGGUCUUCCAUUCUCAUCCACUGGAAGCUAUCAUUAUCAGAACCUCAGGAAUGGAUACAUUGCUAAUAUCAGUGUGAGACUGGAGAAACAGCACCUCCAAGCAGAGAUAGAACAGAAGAGCACUGCAAGAACGGGGGAGAUUUUUCUGUUGUUUAACCACAACAUAGAGGCAUUGUCUAAGAGGAUACCAGGAACCAUUCAGGCAAACUGCAGUGGAGAGGCUUCUCAAAGGCUGCUUCUGGGACACUGUUCUGGAGCAGUGGCGGGCAAAUCCUUUGAGAGUGCACUGCCGGCAAGUUUCUCACUAAAUGGGACACUGAGGACAGACGGGUGUGAAGCAGACUUUACCGGCCACCUUCAGAUGGACAAUAAGUUUGCGCAGCUUGAAUGGCAGACUAUAUGGAGCCCAAUUCCCAGCAUAGACAUUGGUUUCAGGCACUCUAUUCCUUCCAUACUGACUGUGGGCAUCCCAAAGGACAACAGACUGCUGAUCCGAACAGGCAAAGGGACGAGACAUGAGGCCUCUGUUGAGUUUACCAUUGGCGGAUGCAGCUUAAGAGCUGUCGGCGAUGUCGAAGCCUCCGGCAACAGAAAAGAAGGGAGUGGAGCUUCAUGGUCAGCGUCUCUCCUGAACAGAUGCCUUAUCCUCGAGAGAGUGGGAAUCCCGCAAAAUCUGGAGACAAGUGGCUCCUUGAACGUCGACAGCUGCAACGUUGCAUUCAGAACAAAUGUGCUGAAUGAUGGUGAGACAGCAGAAUUGCAUCUGGAGACAUCCUGUGAUCCCAAGUACACGGUGAACGGCAUGUUCAAGCACAGUGUCCCUCGGCUGAGUAAACAGGGUGUCCCCAGAGAAAGCCGAAUCCUGCUGAUGGCUGCAAAGGGAGCAAACGUGGAAGGCUCCAUCCUGCUGCAGUCUGGGAACUGCAAAAUCCGGGCCGAUGGUAAUUUAAACUCCGGACCGAAAGCAGAGUGGACAUGGAUGACAGAAACAGAUUGCCAGAUAUUACAGAAUUUUAAGAUUCCAGCUCAGUCACAUUGUAAUGGAUCCAUAUACAUCGAAAGUUGUAAAGCAGAAUUUCUAACCAGUAUCCAGUUGGAAGACCACACUGCUGUCCUGGAGAUAAAUUCAGAAUGUGAUCCUAAAGUUAAUAUAGAGGUCAUAUUUCAACACAAACUUCCAAUGCUAAAGGGGAUUCCAGCAAACAACAAACUCUUAUUUACAGCAGAAAAAAACCAAAAAUCUGAGUUUGAAUUAGAUUUAUUGAUGGGCACUUGUAAUCUUCUGGCAAAUGGAGCUCUUCAAAUGAAAAAUAAAACUGAGUUAAACUUUUUGAUAAACAACAAAUGUAAGAAGCUGCAGGAUCUAGGAGUACCGCUGAAAAUUGGUGGAUCAGGUUAUAUUGUGAUAAAUGGAGUUAACUUUGAUUCACAACUACAGAUCAACAUUGAUCAGACUAAACUAGAAGGUUUGCUCACUCUGAAAGCUGGUGCUAAUAAGCACGAGAUUAAUGCCUCAUUGUUUCACACCAUUGAUGGUGCCUCACGGCUUGGAAUUCCAGGAAACACAGUUGUCGCUUUAACAGCUGAGAAAGAGGGUGAUACGUAUAGGCGGUCCAUCCGAUUUAUUGUCGAUGGCAAGCAGGUCAUUGAAGAAAUGACUUUCAUUCACAAGCCACAGCAUAUCUCCUUGAACUAUAAACUUACUCAUAAUAUUAAGAUGCUGAAGAUCCUAUUCAUAGAUGAAAACACUGAUAUACAGGUAAAUGCAGAUAUCCAGGGACAAGCUCCUAAUCUUGAGGGUUCAGUUCGAAUCAUUGUGGAUGGUGAGAAGUCCAUUGCAUAUGCAUUCAACACCUACUCAAAUGAAGAACAUUUUAAAUUUAUCAUCAGGAACAAUCACAACAGCGAAAGCUUAGCGACUGCUGGAUAUCCGAAGGAGAUUGUGCUUUUGUUAAUUGCACAAAGAACUGAUACCAAAGUGAGUUCAGUGUUUGACAUUCAAUAUGAUGCCAAGAAUAUGAAGUUAAGUUUGGAUGCACCCAGACAGUUUGAACUGGGAACUGUUGCUGAAUUUAAAGUGGAAGUUCAGCAUCAGAUCCCCUUCAUCAAGCAGCUUGGUGUACCUUUCAGCGUCAAGGCUGUUUGCAAUGGUAUGCUCAAAGACACUGCUGUGGAUGCAUCAUUGAAGCUGACAUAUGAACCAGCUGCCAACGUGAUAUUGCAUGUGGAGGGAAUAAACCAACAUUACAAUAAGGAGUUGCAGCUCAUCGCUUUGCAGAAUAUCCCUACUCUCAGGAACCUUCCCCAGGCAGUAGAAAUCUCAACCAAAACUAAUUACACUGCAAAUGUGAUCAAAGGAACUCUGAAUGCCAUGUUGGAUGGAAAGAAACUGGAUGCUUUCACCAUUGUAACUAUUGGUAAUUCCAGUUAUGGUGAAGUAUUGGAGAUGACCCACACGUUCGCACAGUUGAAAAGAAUUCCUAAACAAUUGGUCUGUAACACAGUUUAUCAAAGGAUUGGCCGAACCUACAAGCUCAGUCACAAUUCCACUUGGGAGGACAAAGAACUGAGAUUUUUCGGGAACUACAGCGGACCCUUCCCAAAGAUAUUUGGGCGUCAUGAAACCUAUGUGAGCUUUCUCCACCCGUUUGCUAUCCCAUUGCCUCAUCAAUCGCAGCUCAGAAUGAGCCUGUCUCAUUCUCUCCUCAGUCACCAGGAUGACGUUGUAAUUAACUGGGACAACAAAGAUCAGGUGGUUCUUCUAGCUUCUCUGAAUUUGGAUAAAGACCGACUGGACAGCGGAGUCCACCUUCAGCACCCAUUCAAACUUUCUUUGAAGAAGUUUGAACUACAGUGUCUUUCUGAAAGAAAAGAACAGAAAUACAAUCAAAAGGCCCAUGUUUCCUGGAAUGGAGGCCAGCCCGUUGAUCUUAAAUUUACAUUAGAAUACACUUUGGAAAGCAACUUAACAACCUGGGACACGUGUGUGGACUUUUCUUCAGGCCAGCUGCAGCCCUUGCUUCUGAUACAAUCUCUGCACAGUUGUGGAUCUGUCAUGUCCACUCAAAACUCUUUCACUGAGAGUAUGGAGCUCCAUUGGAGUGACAAGAAAAUCAAUCAAAGCUUUGAAUAUCAGAAUAACAGACCAAUGAGACCAGACAGUAUCGGGAUUGCUGCCACUUUCUCCAAUGUUUUCCAGUCAUCUUGUGGAAGGCAGGACUUUCUUGGGAAGAUCCAAACUGAUUAUCGUGACCAGCUGCAUCACUAUCUGAAAUUGGCCCUCUGCAACAUGUCAAAUUCAAUCAAACUGUCAGGAAAGCACCAGCGGAAUAAAGGAGAAAUUGUUCUCUCAUCCCAAAUCCGAGUCAGUCUUUCCAGUGAUGAAAAACAUGACAUGAUGUUGGCAAUGUCUCUGAGAAAUAAUGGACAGGCAAAUGUAAAGAACUACUCUCUUGACAUGGAGUGGAGAGCUUCAGAAGUCAGUCACCUAGGCCUGCUGGGGACGUACACUGCCUCAGCCAUCAAGAGGAGAAUGGUUAUGGAGGCAAAGAUUGAUAACAAAAAGAAAAUUAAACUUGCCAGCACACGCGAGAGAGGAUGUCAGCAUUACUACACUGGAUAUUCUUCUGGUGGACCUGAUGAGGAGGGAGUGACGUUGGCUCUUUGCUCCAGUGGAAGAGGCAGUGCAAAAGCAGAACUGUAUCAGACACUGAACGAGACGAAGAAGGGAGAACUGGGCCACCUUGCGGUUGCAGUUGUCAACAAGACUAUGCAGAGUGUGCUGAGGGUAACAGCGCAAGGCUGUGGCCACCUCAUUACCAGGACAGAGGCCAAGUUUUCAGAAAUAAUUUUGCAGUUUAAGAACCACUUGCUGAAAAAGUUCAAAGAUUUUGAUCUACGUGUUUGGAAAUUCCGGAAAAAUGUUGAAGGUGUUGAGUUCCUACAUGAGACAUGUGGUUGGUUGCUAAAGGUUUCACAGAAGACAGCGGACGUGAUCAGAAAUGGCGGUAAACCAUUCCGUCAGUUCUGGAAGCUGAGCAGAGCCAGGCAGAUGAUGCUGCAUGCUGUCCCAUUGUACCUAGCAAAGCUUGAAGAAAUGUUGCAACAGUUACAAGGAGAACUCCAAAAACCAGUGGCCACAUUAAAGGGUGCUUACUACGAUGUAACACUGAAGGAACUAGAUCAAGAAUGGAAACAGAAGACUGAGGAGUAUCUGGAAAAGAUUCAAUCUUUUAUACCCACCAUUGUUCAGGAUUCAUGGCUGCUACAUUCAGUGCCGAAAGUGCUCCAUAUUACCAAGCAAGUAUUUGAUUUGGCAGUGCAACAAAUUGUGAUGUGGGCAGAGGCAAGAAUCUCCAAAGCCACAAGUAAGAUCCAUAAGCCACUAGCCAAUCUCUACAAAUACUCACCUGAAGAUUGCUCUGUCGUGGUGAAUGUGCCGUUGUUGCCAAUGGGGAAUCAGUUGCUUGACGUGGCUAAGAUUACCAACUACCUUGUUGAAACCAAACUGAUAAAGACACUGAGGAGUCUGUACAAUAUAAACCCAGUUGCCGAAUAUUACAGAUUAAAACACAGGAUGCUGGACAGCCCCUUUGAACACCAAGCCUUACUUAUUGGAAGCAAGCACUACGUGACGUUUGAUGGGAAGAUCUAUGAUUUUGCCAGCCAGUGUAGUUUUCUUUUAGCCAAAGAUUUCCAAAGGAAUACCUUCACAAUGUUACUGAAUCAUGAGAGUGAUGGCAAGAAGUCUAUCCGUGUGGAAAUGAAUCACACUGUCAUUGAUAUAUACCCAGGAAUAAAGGUUGAAGAGAAUUGCAAAGUCAGUGAACUGCCCCUGAUGAAAAAUGGAGUUACAGUCAGUAAGGACCUCAAUGAAGUCAAAGUGUCAAAUCAAAAUGGAGUGACAGUAUCAUGUGAUAUACAACAUGAUGUCUGCAGUCUGACUCUUCCUGGGUGGUACCAUGGCUUAUCAGCUGGUCUGUUUGGAACAAAUGAUAAUGAAGCUGGGAAUGAGUUCACACUGCCCAAUCACUCUCAGACUGAGAAUGUGGAAGAGUUUGCGCACAAGUGGCAGAUUGAUGCACCCUGCCGUACCACAGGCAAGAAGGUCAAGCUAUGCUUUGGCAGUGCUUUUCAGUACAUCUGCAAAAUAUUGUUCAAAGGUCUCUACUCACCGCUGAGAAAUUGUUUCAGAGUGGUCGAUCCAAUUCCAUUCUAUGACAUGUGCCUGAGUGAUAUGUGUGAAUCCUCGGACCUCCAGCCAGGCUGUAACCUCGCAGCUGCCUUUGUCCACUUAUGCAACAGGAAUUUUGUCCCUCUGGAAAUUCCGUCACAAUGUGUGGCUGACAAGGACAGUGACACCAUGCAGAAUGAUGACGUGGUAGAUACUAGACAAAGACUAACACUGAAACCAGCUGAUGUCCUCUUUAUUAUUGAGGAAAGAGACUGUAAUAAGCCCAUUGUCAUGAAACUUCCUUCACUUAUUAACUCAUUAGUUGGAACCUUCAAAAAGCAAGGAAUCAUGGAUGUGAAAUUCGGUUUCAUUGGCUUUGGCGAUGAAGGAGUUCAUGAGCCGCACCUCCUCGCUGUAAAGAGAGAUAACUCAUCUUCAUGGCACUUGGAAAAGGAGCUGGGGUGAGGCUGUGAAAUGAGUCA